AUGUCUCGCCGCGAGUCUGUCGGUCGGACUAGGACAGCCUCACAAUCCGACUCAUCGGAGCCAACAAUGAAAAUGGUGAGUGUGGCGGUUCUGCCACCUCGACUACCACCAGGGAUGGCCCCUCCUACAGGCAUUGGCGCUGCCGACGCUUUCUCUUGGGAUGAAUCGGUCAACUGGCAGCAUAAUAGCUCUAUACAGCAAGAGGAGCCAACUCGCAGAAAGAGUUUCAUGCGCAAAAUUGGACUCACCACUCAAAGGAAACGAGCCGGAGAGGAAGAUGACCUUCCACCAUUUGUUUUCCGUCAGGUCCCGUACGACACUUGGAGAAAGCAUUAUGCCAAAGACAAGGAUGGAAAUUAUAGGGGUCUUCUUGCGCCUGCCCAGGAUUGCCUCUUAAAGCCAGAGGACGUUCAAAAAUGGCGUGCUGAUGAACCUGUGACGCUCGGAGACAAGUGGACGAGAGGACAACACGCCCUGCCCGUAUAUGCCGAAGCCGGUGCCGAGCAACCUGUACCGGAGUAUCACGAUGCAACAAAUCAUGAUCAGCCUAUCAGCUACGAGGCAGCUACCGCCAGUCCUUCGGAAGCACCAGAUGGCGGUAGUACCUUUCACAACACUCUCACAUCGCAGACAUCGAACAGCAUCCCGCAGCCCACGAAAAGGACAGGCUCCAGUGGUCAAAGACUGAUCGACGACAAGACUGCCGACGAGAUAAUUGCAGAGGCACAGGCCAAGCCGAAAACGAAGAUGACUAUGAAGCAAUACCUCUCCAAGGGUGCCACUAUGGCAAUGAUGGGCAAUUGA